GGAUGGACAAGUCUGGUUCAGUCCGUCCGGUCCUAAAAAGACCGGUCUAUUGAUGUUUUCAGUCCAGUCCUCGGUCCCAAUAACGUUAUUUGAAUUAUUCAUGAGGACUGGUCCAGACUGGUCUCAGAACCGAGGACCAGUUAACCAUAAGACUG